UAUUUUUAUUUUUAUUAAAUUGUUUCUAAACUUUCUAAUCGAUUCAAUUCAUCAUGGAGUUCACUGCAAUAUUGAUUGUUAUUAUAAUAAUACUAAUUGGAUUAUUCUGUGAAAUUAUACAAUACUUCUUAAAUAAAUUACAUAUGUACAAUACGAUCAAAGGAAUCCCGGGUCCAAAAGCAUAUCCAAUUAUCGGAAAUGCUCAUUUGUUUAUUGGCGAUACCGAAGAUAUAGCCCAACAGUUUUUAAAUAUUGGUAGGAAUUAUCAUUCAUUGUGGCGUAUAUGGAUGGGCACGAGAUUACUUGUAAUGGUAGACGAUCCUGAAUAUAUCAAGAUUCUAUUAAGUAAUCCAAAUAUUAUUGACAAGAGCAAGGAUUAUAAAUACAUAAAACCUUUUGCGGGCAAUGGUUUGUUUUCUGCUCCAGUAUCAACGUGGAAUCCUCAUCGAAAAUUAUUAAAUAAAAUUUUUCUUAAAGAAGAUGUAAAGUUGCAUAUGGAUGUACUCGUCAACCAUUCUAUCACUUUAAUAGAAAAAUUGGAAUCUUUAAUUGGAAAAGAAAUAGACGUUUUCCAUUACGUAUUUCGCUGUACAUUGGACAUAAUAUAUGAUGGUGUACUUGAUACUCAACUAAAUUUCUUGGCCAAUCAGAAUUGCAAAGUAGUUGAGUCUAUUGAAUGUUUGAUGGAUAUAGCUGCGCAAAGGGUGUGUAAAUUAUGGUUACAACCGAAUAUAAUUUUUUAUAAUACUUCAAUGGGAAAGAAAUUUCAGACAUGUUUAUUCUACCUGGAUAAUGUUACAAGCAAUAUAAUCAAGAGAAAAAAGGAAUCUAUGUUGAGAAGUAUAAUUAACAAGACGCAGCAAAGUUCAGAACAAAAGCCAAGGAUACUUCUAGACUUUUUAUUCGAAUCAUCGCAUGAUGGAGGAAAAUAUUCUGAACAAGAUAUCCGAGAUGAAAUCAAUACGAUUGUUAUAGCUGGAAGCGAUACAUCAGCUACUACCAUUAGUUUUGUACUUUUAAUGCUUGCUACAUUCCCUGAUAUUCAAAACAAAGUGUUCGAGGAACUGAAUCAAAUUUACGGCUCGAGCGAUCCGAAACAUGUUCGAAUAACACAUGAUGAUAUUAAAAAUAUGAAACUUCUGGAACGAGUAAUAAAGGAAACGUUACGCCUCUUUCCGGCAGGUCCUGUGAUCGUUCGGAAAGCAAUGCAAGAUAUAAAAGUGACAAAAAACUGGACUAUACCGAAAGGAAGUUCUGCGGUAUUUUUCAUAUAUAAUCUCCAUCGAAAUGAAAAAUAUUGGCCCCAACCACUAAUAUUCGAUCCGGAUAGAUUUCUACCAGGGAAGAUGCAUUCUACCAAUUUCUUUCCAUUUAGCUACGGACGGAGAAAUUGCAUAGGUCAAAUAUUCGCCAUGUUAGAAAUGAAGUACAAUAUGUCGUGGGGCAAUGAUUUAAUUUCCUGUUAAUGAGAUGUAGAAUUUUGGAAUGGGCGAAAUAUAAUAAUGUAAAUGAUCAUUGACUGAAAUAGCAAUAUCGACAUUCUGUCCGUAAUGAUACUUUAAUUCAAUACUUACACUACUGCAUACAACGCGAUUAACGGUAAAUUUAUUUUAUAAUAUCUCAAUAAAGACCUUUUUUUUAAAAA